AUGCCUCGUCCUAAUAGCCUGGAUUUAUCACAUCGAAUCUGCUAUGUCCCUAAUAUGUCACUUAGACUUAUAGCCCAUGGGAGUGAUGGCAGGCUGCGAAUCCUUUUUGACGGGCCCGAAUUCAUGGCCUGGCGCGGUAUUUGGGGAAGUACUGUGUUCUUCAAAAGGCUCGAAUAUCGUAAAUUGCGAUCUGGUGUUCAACAUGAGUUCAUACUCCUUCGAGGUCUCUCCAAGUCCAAGAAUUCAAAUGAACUGCGUCAAUCCACAGUGCCCCCGAAUCUCUCAAACUCAACUUCUUCUCCAGCCACUACAAACUCUAAUCCCAUUUGGUGGACAAACGUCCCCGACAAUGUUUACGAAUACGUGUUAAAGUUCGAGCGCGAGGCAAGCCCAGAGCAUCAACUGAACGCGCUCGUACGAACUGAAGCCUACGAUUAUGUCGAUUUCAAAGAGUUUGCAUACCUUAGUAGCAAUGAGCGAAGCUCCACUGUUGAGCUCGCUAUAGAGUUCCCAGAGCCAGUUGCGCUUGAACAAGUCAUCAAGAUCUCCGCCAGCAUAUCCAAACAUCAAGACGCCCAGUUGUACACCCUGAGUCAAUUCAAUUGCUUCUUCUAUUGCUGGAAUAUUGUCGCUAUACUGCUUCGGCUACAUGUCGAUUGGGCAAUCGCACUACGAUCUGAUGCUACGACAACCACUCAGCUACUUACCGCAAGGAUGGUCGAACUAAGCGACACUCAACGCACUAGACCCGGACCUAGAAACUUCAGAGCCAAGGCCGCCCCUGAACUUCGGCCAAAUCUAGCUCUGCUCCUUGCAGGGGAAUAUAGUCGCAAUGGACUGCCAGCUGACUCCCUUGAGCGAAAGUUUAUCAAACGGUGCCAAGAUGAAAUCGAGAAUUCAUUUAUGUUCCGAAAAAUCCUGGAUCUCCUUCAGCUCCCACAUAGGUUUCCACUGUGGAUUCGUGAUGACAUAGGCGUUAUUCGCGACCAUGUUAGAGAACUUUUACAUAAACUUGCAGAUUUAACGAUUGGCCUGGCGAUUGAAGGAACAGAAGAGUCCACUAUCAGUGACUUGUUUUUGCAUGACCGGCACAUAGAGGGCCUGAGGCCAGAAUGGAAGGAUAGAAUUGAGAAGGAGGUUAAUAAACUAAUCGAUAUAUAUCUCAAUAGGAUGUGGAGCGCUUUCGGCGAAGCACUAAAACAAACAGAAGCUGCCAAUCGUGCGGGACGGUUUGUAGAUUCGAAAACAAUGCACCGCCGUUCCAAUGCACUCCAGCGCAUCGGCAACUCCCCUCUUAUUCUUCGUGCCCGCCUAACUCCAGUGGGACUUCGGGCUGCAUGGAAUGCAGCACAACUGCGCGCGUCCCUUAACCCUAUCGAAUCACCUGUUUUGCCCCUUAUUAUGCUAAUGAGAACGCUGAAGGAUAUUCCAAACCAAGUUCAGCACGUCUCAGGCAUCGCUGCUAACUUCGUAUCUGUUCUAUCCAUGAGGCGUGAUGUAGCUAUGAACGAGAUGGAUCAAGUCAGGGCUCAAACUAAAAAAGCCAAAUCUCGGCCCCAGCCUCAAGCUCAGCUUCAGUUCCCGGGUCAGUUUCAAGCCCCAGCCCAAGCCCAGGCCACAACUCUGCCCCCGUCCAGUGUCAACAUGACUAGAGGUACAAACCCACUGAGUCUAGAAAGGUCGAAUGUACUGGGAAUGAUGUCAGACAUUAAUCUCAUGCAACCGGAGCUCGAAGACCAAGUGGUUUGCGAACUCGAAAAGUCUAUCAAAGACCUAGCUCUCACGGAUCCCAAAUGCAGCAUGCAUGAACUUCGAUUGGUCACACUCGAAAUGUUAAUAUGUCUCAAAGAAAAAGGAAAGAAGAUAAACUUUGGAUUACCCUUCCAGAGUAUCUGGAAAAUAUGCUUAUGGUACUGCCUUGGAGAAGAAAUCACCAAAGUGCUCGAGGAAGCGGCAGAGCGGCGACUGGGAAACAGGAUUCGAUGUUGGUUGCGAAAAUCUAAAAGCGACUCUCGUGGGGAAGAGCAACCCAUGUUGGUCUCGGAGAUCCACACCUUUAUUCACGAAAGGAUUAAGAACCUAAGCGAAAUGAUACAUAACCAACGAGGACCCGGGGCUCCUGAAGCCUGUCGGAAAGAGAUAGAAAAUGCCAUGGAUACAGUGUGGAGAGGGGUUAUAGGGAAAGAUAUAAGCGUAGAAGUACCAGGAGAACAACAGGAUAGACAUUAG